AGGUGUCACAAAUCGUUGUGUACGACAGUAACGGGCCGUUUGAGGCACGUAGGGACACCGAAGCCUUGCUGUACUCCGCGGAGGCUUUGCACCUGCUUGUUAAGGAGGGAACGCAUAGGUGCCGAGAUCAGUUCGACGUUCAGAGAUCUCUCCACCAACAGAGCAUUGUUCCCAGUUUCGAUGCCUACUGGGGCAAGUCCGAUCAGCUCUACACAUAGACUUUCGCCGGUGCUGAUGUCACACAGACUUGCACCUUCUAAUCUCGUCGGGCAGCAGACCGUUGGUUUGGACUCACUCGUUGCCUUGAUAGUGAGAGACGGCUGGCGAAAUGAAACUAUGAGACAUAUAACGUCCGCCUUGGCUCCCUUACUUCGCGCGGCGCCUAGCAAACAGCUCAGUGUUGGAAGGGCAAACGUGUAAAACUUGAACUGAUAAACAGAGGCAGUGUUCAAAAGGGCCUUCUGAGCCCACGUAGAGGCAGUCAGCAUUCGGCACCAACAUGAAGACCUGUCUCUUGGCCGGCCUGGUCUGUGGCAUCGGCGCUGCAGCGCGCGCACUCCACGUCCAUGAUGCAUCCUGUGGCGUAACGUAUCGUGGUAUUGAGCGCGAUGGCAUCCAACACUUCUUUGGUAUCCCAUAUGGACAAGACACGAGUGGAGAGAACAGGUUCAAGCCACCGCGCCUGUACCUGCCAGCACCGGGAUCAGUCAUCGAUGCCACAAAGCCUGGGGUCGCUUGUCCGCAGCCGCUCGGAAAGUCGUCUCCGCCCUUAGGACAAGGCAAUGUCACGGACGUUUCGGAGGACUGCUUGAACCUGAACAUCAUCAGACCAAGUCUCAAUGAUACCCAUGGCUAUAGGAAGUUGCCGGUCAUGGUGUGGAUCCACGGUGGCAGCUUCUGGUGGGGCUCGAACAUGGAACCAACUUUCAAGCCCGAUGGGUUGAUCCAGCAAUCCGUUGAGGGCGGUAAUCCAGUUAUCCAUGUUGCAAUGAACUAUCGUCUGGGCUUCUUCGGUUUCGUGCAAUCAGAUUACCUGAGGGGGGAGGGUAGCGAGAAUGCCGGACUUCGAGACCAACGCCUUGCCAUAGAAUGGGUUCGCGACAACAUCGAGAUUUUUGGUGGUGAUCCGGAAAACAUCACCAUCUUUGGGCAAUCAUCUGGUGGGCUCGCGGUUGGCAUGCACAUCCUUGCGUACGGAGGAACGAAACCACUUCCGUUCCAGAAAGGCAUCGCAGAGUCGCAGUCCCUCGAACCAGGUAUCACUGGCAACUUCUCAAGAGAUGCCUUGUCUGCGUUGGUAGACUUCGUUGGAUGCAAUACCACCGAUCUGCAGACUCCUGAAACCAUUGCUUGUCUGCGUGGUAUGGACACAGAGACGUUGUUGAAUGCCUCAAUCACCACGUAUGCAAGCGAUAUUAAUCACAAUAUCGGUGACAUCUGGUUGCCGGUGGUCGAUGGCGACUUCCUGCCUGCGCCGCCGAGUCAAUUGAUCGAUGAAGGUCGAUUUGGCAAAGCGACAUUCAUGACAGGAUGGACUCAGGACGACUUGAAUUUCUACACCAAUGUCAGUAUCGCAACAGCAGAGGACACAUAUGUCUUUGUUCGCUCGUACCUCCCAGCAUUGUCAGAACAGUCCCUAGAGGACCUCCUGGAUCUGUACCCCGUUGCUGAAUUUGCUCCACCGUCUGGUACCAAUUUGACAGCGGAGUUCUAUCGAUCGGCGCGCAUCUUCAGAGAUAUUUUGAUGGUAUGUCCAUCGAUCUACCUGGGCGCUGCAAUGCAUAAGACGUAUGCCGCACCGGUGUUUCACUACGAUUUCAACCAAACCAUCCUGGAUCCAAUUCUGGAACAUACCAUCAAUGUGUCGCACCUGGGAGUAGUCCAUACGUCUGAGAUCGCGUAUGUCUUUGGCAAUAUCCAAGCAUACAACAACUCCGGAAACCCAAUAAACUUGACGGCAUCGGACUAUGCGCUGCAGGAGCGCGCGAGUCGAUCGUGGAGUGCGUUUGCGACGAAUGGUCACCCAACGCAGGAGGGUGAGGUGACUGUAAAAGGCUGGCUUGGCGCGUACAGUGCUCCAAAUCUGACGCACGUCAUGACGAUUGGUGGUCCAUGGGAGGGCUGGUGGCCGUUGAGCGGUGUGGGUUCGCCAGAUGUUGUGCAGCAGCAGAAGCUGGUCGAGAGGUGUGCAUUCUUCAAUAGUCCAAAGAUCAUUGAGGGCCUCCAGUAUUGAGCAUUGGUCCUUGCUGCUCUGCAAUACGUAUAGUUGAACCG